UUCAAAAUCGAUAUACUCUUCUCACUGGAAGUGUAUUUAUUUUGUGUAUUUAGUAACAAAUGUAGUCCAGCAACAAUACGCAAGUGAAUAAUAAUUGUUUCAGCAAGCGAUUAAAUACACACAAAGCAGAUCAUUACUUGUGUAUGCAGGCGGUUAAAGUUCACGUACCCGAGGGCUGGCAACCGCGAUUAGAUUCCGAUCUGGCACGGAUCAGAUCAGCAGCACCUACUCUACACAUAAUCUGGACUGGAUUGGACGCUACUGUCCCCACUGUGUCGAGCACUUUAUGAUCGCCAGCGUGCCACUGUGAGUGUGGAAGUGCCUUCUCCGCAGCAAUCAGUCAGUGCGCGAUACUCACCCAAGACGGACGCUUUGGAUUGUUGUUAAUCCCAAUCCCACACGGAGAAAACCAGUUCACUAAGUGCAACGUGCAAAAUGCCAGCCAAAGAAGUUAAUCCCGACCUGCAGAAGGAGCGCAACACGGCCACCUUCAAUCCACGCGAGUUCUCCGUGCUAUGGGCGGGUGGCGAGGACAGAUUCCAGGAGAAGAAGACACUGGAGAAAAUGUUUCUGGAGGAUCCUGCCCUCGAAGAUGACCUCCCCGUUUCCUACUUGUCACACAAGGAGCUAUACGAACACAGCCUGCGCAAAGCCUGCAUUAUUGGCGAAAAGAUCCGUAAGCUGAGGGCUGACGGCGAGGAUGGUGUGGAUACCUACAAUGCCCUCCUUGGCGGAUCCCUGGGGGCAGCUAUCUUGAAAGAGGGCAAUCCCCUGACUUUGCACUACGUUAUGUUUGUGCCCACCAUUAUGGGCCAGGGAACGAUGGACCAGCAAGUGGAGUGGCUGAGCAAGGCCUGGGACUGUGAGAUUAUUGGUACCUAUGCCCAGACAGAGCUGGGUCACGGAACCUUCCUACGCGGCCUGGAAACCCGGGCUGACUACGAUCCCAAGACUCAGGAGUUUGUGAUCAACACACCAUCCCUGAGUGCCUACAAGUGGUGGCCAGGAGGAUUGGGUCACACGGCCAACCAUGCGGUGGUGGUGGCUCAGCUCUACACCAAGGGUGAGCACCGUGGCCUUGCCCCUUUCAUUGUCCAGCUUAGGGACUCGGACACCCACAAGCCUAUGCCUGGCAUCGAUAUUGGAGAUAUUGGCACCAAGCUGGGCAUGAAAGCUGUGAACAAUGGCUACUUGGGCCUGAAGAAUGUGCGUGUUCCGCUGAAUAAUAUGCUGAUGAAGAAUCAGCAGGUCCUGCCCGAUGGCACCUAUGUGGCGCCUAAGAACAGCGUCCUCACCUAUGGAACCAUGAUGUUUGUCCGUUGCGCCCUGAUCCGUGACACCGCCCAGAGUCUGGCCAAGGCAUCUACCAUUGCUACCAGGUACUCCGCCGUGCGUCGCCAGAGCCCCAUUGAUCCCAAUCAACCGGAGCCCCAAAUCAUGGAGCACACCACACAGCAGCUCAAGUUGUUCCCGCAGAUAGCCAAGGCCAUUGUUUUCAAAACAACGGGCGAUGGCAUCUGGAACAUGUACAACGUUAUUUCCGGGGAGAUCGAGCAAGGCAAUUUGGACCGCUUGCCCGAAAUGCACGCCCUCUCCUGCUGUCUGAAGGCCAUCUGCAGUGCGGACGCCGCCGCCGGUGUGGAGACGUGUCGUCUUUCGUGUGGUGGCCAUGGAUUCAUGGACUGCUCUAACUUCCCCACAAUUUACGGUAUGACCACCGCCGUGUGCACCUAUGAGGGUGAGAACACUGUGAUGCUUCUGCAGACGGCUCGUUAUCUGGUAAAGGUGUAUGGUCAGGCUCUGAACGGAGAGAAACUGGUGCCAACGGUGGCCUAUAUAAAUGAUGCUCUGAGCCAACAGAAGUUUGUCAACUUUGACGGCUCCUUGGAGUCUAUUGUGAAAGCAUUCCAGUUCGUUGCUGCCAACAAAACCCGUAUUGCCUAUGAGCAGCUUGAAUUGCGUCGCAAGCAGGGACACGGUACUGAGGUGGCAGCCAAUCUGUGCGGAACCUUCCUGACAGCAGCAGCAGAUCUUCACGGACGCGCCUUCCUGGCCCAGACUGCCUAUACGGAAUUGCUGGAAGUUUCGCGACAGGUCUCUCCCGCCCUGGCCGAUGUGCUGAAGGUGGUGCUGGAGCUGUACCUGGUGGAUGCCUGUCUCAACCGUAUUGGGGACUUCCUAAGGUUCAUCGAACUCACGGAUCAAGAUGUAACCAAGCUGGAGGUCCGCUUGGAGAGCUGCCUGAAACGAUUGCGUCCGAACGCUGUCACCCUGGUUGACAGUUUCGAUCUGCACGAUCGCGUACUGGAUUCUGCCCUAGGGGCCUACGAUGGCAAUGUUUACGAGCAUAUUUUCGAGUCGACCAAGAAGAAUCCGCUGAACAAGGAACCAGUGAACGGAUCAUUCCACAAGUACUUGAAGCCUUUCAUGAAGGCUCACCUGUAAACAAUUCCAGCUGAUUAUUGCUCGUGAAUUGUCCUCACUACUGUUACUAUUGUAAAUAUAACUUGUAUGUUUGUAUUGUUUUCGUAUUCCGCAACUGUUUUGCUUAGCAAUAGGUCUGAAAGACAAACGAAAUGAUGGCUUGUGCAGUUGAAACUAGGCUUUAAAUAAACAGAAUUUCAAUAAAAAUUCAA